ACUUUUGUCUCAUCAGUCCACAAGGUUUAUUCCCAUAAAAUGGCAGAACUUCCAGAAGCAAAAAAGGAAGAUGCAGCAAUGCCACUGGAGACCACAGCAGAUUCCACACAUGCAGUAAAUGAUGUCAAGCCACUUGAGGAGCAGAAUGAGAGACCCCAAAAUAUUGGAGAAAGUGAGGUAGUCAAAGAGCAGGUAAAAGAGGCAGCAUAUGAAGAAUCUGUCCCUCAUGAAGAAGGAGAAGCUUCUUCCACCUUCCAGGCCACACCAGCAAAGAAAGUGAAGGUGGAGGCAGAAAAGAAGAAAGAGAAACGGCAUAAGGUGGAUGAAGAUGAAAUACAGAAGAUGCAAAUUUUAGUCUCAUCAUUUUCCGAAGAGCAGCUGAAUCGAUAUGAAAUGUACCGACGGUCAGCCUUCCCUAAGGCAGCCAUUAAAAGGCUCAUUCAGUCCAUCACAGGCUCAUCUGUGUCACAGAAUGUAGUUAUUGCAAUGUCUGGUAUUUCAAAGGUCUUUGUGGGAGAAGUGGUUGAGGAAGCUCUAGAUGUCUGUGAGAAGUGGGGAGAGACUCCUCCUCUGCAGCCAAAGCAUUUGAGAGAAGCAGUGCGGAGACUGAAAAACCGUAGCCAAAUUCCCAACACCAAGUACAAGCAGGUCCUCCUGCUUUGAGGCUUCACAAACCAGGGUUUGCCAACAUUUUAGUACAUGUCACACUCGGAGCCAUUUCAUCCAAGCACUUCUACGUGCAAAGAAAUGUCCUUAGGCUUCUGAGAAGGAGGGUUGACUUUACCUGAUCCUGCUACCACUGGUAGAUUAGUGGCUUUUUGUGUCCAUUAGCUGUACACUGUCAAGCAUCAGGUAAAAAGGCUAAAAGAGGCAGCAGCAAAGGGGUUUGAAUUAUUUUAUGACACUGUUUUAUGAGAUAAAAUCUUUUUUUUUUUUUUUUACCUCAUAAAUGGACUAUACAGAAAAGCUGGCGAUACCUGAAUUACAAAAUGCUACGUAGUAGUGGACGUUUGCACAGCUGCUGAAAGAAAAUGCCAUGCAAUUUCAGGAUGUUUUAUGAUGAUUUGUUUUAUGAGGUAAAAUGUAAAAAGGGUUGUGUUUUUGUUUUGUUUUUCCUCUUCUAAAUGGACUGUACAAAAAGAACCUGAAUUUGGUGGCUCCCAUUAUAAUAUGCUAAGAAGAAAUGGAGAGUUGUGGAUACUGAAAGGAAGCACUCUGCAAUUUUGAGUUGGGGCAGAAUUGCAAAGGUGAUCUUAAUGUGCAAUAAUAUAAACAUUUUUGCAACAGAUUAUAUUCACUGGGGAUUGUCCAUAGAAGCGAGGUGUCGUGUUCUGUUGGCAGGUGUCCUCUCUGCGUACCCUUCAUAGACUCGCUUGAAUUCUGUCUAAAUUAAUCCCUGUUCAUCAAGUAAUACAGCAGGGAUCUUUGAAACUGCCAUUCAUAUGUUCAGUACAGGGCAAGUCCUACGCAGUAAUACGGACAGAGUUUUGAUUAAGACAUAAAAUUACAUUUUGGUGCAUUUGUUUCAGAUAUGAUCAGCACUAUGGUUAAAACCAGGUGUGCAAGAGCGAUUCAGUAAUUUUUUCUCGUAUUGGAAAUUUAAAUAAAAAAAUUGAUGAACACUCUUGUCUCCAAGUUCUUGCACCUCUUCUCUCAUAUGCCAAGCUCUGUUUGGAGUCUCACUGGCCAGACAGUCAAAUGUUUCAGUCACAUAGUGCCAGGCAGCUUUAAAGCGUACAACACCUACCUACCCCACUAAAACUUUCCCAAAUCUGCUGCGGUUAACUGUCAGAAGUGGUCACAUCUGUAGUAUUCUGGCAGUUGGAGGGGCCUCUGAGAAAGCGUUACAAUUCCUAGGCAACAUUAUAAGUAGGGUGAAGAUCGACAUACUCGUAUAAAAACUCUGCUUAAUCAAAUGGUCAUUUCAAGCAUCCCCACAAUCUAAAAUACAUCAAGACGUUUUAGUCCUGUCAUGCUUUAAUGGGUUGAAUUUGGUGAUUUAUUGUUUUUGUAUGUAAAGUUAUUGCCUACGUCAGCAUCUUUUUGGUAAAAUAAAUAACUAUAGAAAAAAUAUAUACUGUACAGCUGAAUGUACCAAAUAUACGGAUGAGCAAACUGUUUCAUUAUGUAAUUUUACUCUUGUGCAUAUUAGACUUUUUACAUCUGUAUGUUUAUGUUCUUUUUGUGAUGAGAAUACUGUAGGUCAUUUCAAAUAUUCAUGUCUUUUCCAACAGCAUAAAUGACUUUUAAAGGCCUAACAA